AUGACCCCAUCUCCAUUGUGGAAUCCGUCCCCGCCAAUCAACUCCCUACGUCUCAUGGCCAAGGGCCUCACGGCGGAGCUGGAGGAGGAGCCGCCGCUUCGCAUUCGACUCCACGGGUUCGGUGGGUUGGUGCAGCAGCUCGGCCCAAAGUGCCGUGGAUUUCAGAUGCAGGAUGUCAAGGGCUCAUCCAAGAGCUUCCCCAAGCACGAGGUGAAGCAUGUCUCGACCAUAAGUUGCAACUUGCAACUCACUAUUGCUCUCUCUCAGGUUGCUAAAAUUAAGCAGACUAUGGUAGGGGACUCCAAAGAUGGUCCUGCCAGGCCUGUGAUUCGCACAUUUUAUGAUCACACACAGGCCAUCAAUGGUCUAGAUUUUCAUCCUAAGAGUCCAAUACUGAUAUCAGCUGCAAAAGACAAUACAAUAAAAUUCUUUGAUUUCUCAAAAACCAAUGCGAGGAAAGCGUUCAGAGUUAUUCAGGUACGCUACUCUUGUACUGGGAGCUUGUAUGUUACUGCUUCUAAAGAUGGUUCUUUGCACAUUUGGGAUGGAGUAUCUGCUGAAUGUGUUCGACCUAUUACUGGAGCACAUGGAUCCGCAGAAGCUACUAGCGCAAUUUUCACCAAAGAUGAGAGGUAA